UGCACUGCAUGCAGUUUGACAAAUGCCACGGGUUGUGUAAUCUGUAAACGAGAUGCUAAAGACUUUAUUGACACUGUAAAUAAAGCAAACAUGUGCCAAGCUUGCAUAUGACUGCGGUCAAGGUAGUUUUCAGACUUGGCCGGACGGGGUUGCAGAAAGGUGGGCGUGGAAGUGAAGUUCGCAAAGCGGCAUCGACACUGACAGUCGGUGUCACUGACAGUGACACUGUCACUGGUGCUGGUACUAGUAGUACUACUACUAGGCGACUGCUCAGUUCUACUGCGGCUCGCCACGUUACCACUGACAACAGAAACACCACGACCAAGAUGGAACUCGCCGAAGUCGUUAAGAAACUCGAGGAGAUCGCUCCGCUGUCCCUCGCGGCGAGCUGGGACAACGUCGGCCUGCUCGUUGAACCGUCGCCGCCUCACCCCGUCAAAUCCAUUCUCAUCACGAACGACCUGACGGAGGACGUCCUUGACGAAGCCAUAGAGAACAAGGCGUCGAUGGUGAUCGCCUACCAUCCGCCGAUAUUCCAGCCGCUGAAGCGACUGCGGGCGACGUCGUGGAAGGAGCGAAUCGUCGUGAAGUGCGCAGAGAAUCGCAUCGCGCUCUACUCUCCGCACACCUGCCUCGACGCGGUGGACGGGGGAGUGAACGACUGGCUGAUCAGCGCGUUCAAGCCUAGUGAUGGGAAGUGGCAGGUUAGACCCAUAUCAGCUGUUACGGCCAGUAAAACCCUGUCCGGCGCAGGCUACAGAGUAGAGAUCAACGUUCCGCCGAAUGUUGGGCAGGACGUAGUGGCGAGGGCAGUCGGAGAAUUCACGGGGAUAAACGGUGUCAGUGUUACACCGAUGGAUACGGAUACUGGGCAGUUGCUGCUACUGAAUCCCCCAGAGGAGGAGUUAGUGAAGGUGAUGAAGGUGCUAGAUGGAUAUCCCACCUUCAAGGUCAUGACAGAUAUAUUCAAGAUUGUGCAUCCGCCCGUUCCGAACCUAGGUAUGGGGAGGGUGUGUUACAUUGACACUCCCGAGCGCACCUUGGCUGACGCCGUCGACACUCUCAAGCGCCACCUAGGCGUGAAAAAUUUGAUGAUAGCGCUAGCCAGGGGCCACAGCCUACAAGGUAUAUCAUGA